AUCACGUUCUGAGAGCGAGAAUAGCUUUUUUGGUGAUUUCAAAAAAUACCUUCUUCACUCUUGUCGAGUUCUAUAUGCAAUUUGAAAGUGCUAUGGACUCCCAACGACAUAAAACUGCAGACUUGGAUGGAGAUUCAGAAGCAUGCGCCCCUGUUUAUAAAACACCGCUUGCAAUUGAGAAACAUGAAGCAUCCAUCUACACUCUGAGCAUCUUCUACGAAGUACAAUCAGAGAUAUGUGCAUCAUGCUUCUCGUGCAGCGUGCUACAGGUGGACAAGAAGGAGCAUACGUUAACAUUUGUUGUGCAGGAUUCCCGAGAUAUGGUUGUUAACGUUGAACAUUCAACCUUAGAAGGCUCUUUCUUCUGCACAUGUAAAUAUUGGCAGCGCAUUGGUCUGCUGUGCCGUCACAUAUUCUUGGCGUUCAAGGGACUGAGAAUCAAACUGAUCCCAGAACGUUAUAUUACCAAUAGAUGGUGCAAAACACCACUCCUGAAGCCACUGAUCGAUGUUUCUGGCCUGGACUUUACCACGGAAUCAUCCGUUGACGAAAACAAAUUAAUGCUCAACCGCCUACGGUCUAACAUUCACUCUUGUGUUGCACUCAUUGAAAAUAACCCCGAGUUAUUAUGUGCUUUCUCCAAGGUAAUUACUGAACAAAAAGAGCUCAUUCAAUCUGUUGUUUCCUCCCAGGAUGCAGGUACUGGAGAACCUAACCUCUUUGAAAAUUACUGUGGUGUUCCCGCUCCAUCAGUGAUUAAAGUGCUUCCACCUCAACCAGCUCACAACAAGGGUAGUGGUAAGCGCAUCAAGAGUGCUAAAGAGCUCCAGAUUGAACAAAGCAAGAAGAACAAACGCUUGUGUCGAACUUGCAAA